ACGCGAGAUCGUCGUAUAACCGUUGACACGACGUAUUCUUCCUUUCCUACUUUUUUCUUCCUCACCAUGAAAUUCGCGGAGCACCUAAGCGCCCACAUUACACCGGAAUGGAGAAAGCAAUACAUCAACUACGAGGAAAUGAAGGCUCUACUGUAUGCCGCAGUAGAGCAGGCUCCAUCAGCAGAUGUAAGUGAACCUUACGUUUUAGAUAGCUUCUAUGGAAAGUUUGAUGAGAAGUUUUUCCAUUAUUGCGACAAAGAGCUGGCGAAAAUAAAUACCUUCUAUUCUGAAAAGCUAGCAGAAGCCACACGUAGAUUUGCCACACUCAAUAACGAGCUGAGCGAAAUUUUGUCAGUUUCCGAGGAUGCCCAAAGUCGUAAGGCGCGUUAUCGCAGUCAUAUUCUUCACAAGAAGCCAGUAUCUGCACGCAAAAUUCAAGAACUGAAACUGGCCUUCUCUGAGUUUUAUCUCUUCCUCAUCCUGCUCCAAAAUUAUCAGGAUCUAAAUUUUACUGGAUUUCGAAAAAUUUUGAAGAAACACGACAAACUUUUGAAUGUUGACUUUGGUGGCAAAUGGCGUGCAGAACAUGUUGAUACGGCGAUUUUCCAUACGCGCAAGGAUAUAGAUCGACUGAUCGUGGAAACCGAGGCCGUGGUCACUCGAGACCUGGAGCAUGGUGAUCGUCAGAGAGCCAUGAAACGCCUGAGGGUGCCUCCGCUCGGAGAGCAGCUCUCUCCAUGGAUCACAUUUAAAGUCGGUCUUUUUUCCGGCGCUUUUAUUAUACUUUUUGUAGCUGUGAUAUUAUCUGCCAUGCGAUACAAAAAGAAAGAUAAUUGGACGGUACUCUGUCGAAUUUAUCGCGGACCACUUCUCUUGAUAGAGUUCCUUUUUUUGAUGGGAAUCAAUGUUUAUGGCUGGAGAUCUUCUGGCGUGAAUCAUGUGCUGAUAUUCGAACUUGAUCCACGCAAUCAUUUGUCAGAACAGCACAUCAUCGAGAUAGCAACCAUACUCGGCCUAGUCUGGUCCUCGUCUAUCUUGGGUUUCAUGUACAGUGACACGUUGGGUCUACCACCGUUUGUUCAACCAGUCCUAUUUUAUGCAUUGUUGGCGCUGUUCUUGUUCAAUCCCACCAAGACUUUUCGACAUGAGGCGAGAUUCUGGACACUACGCGUUUUGGGUCGCGUCUUCUGUGCACCAUUCUUUUAUGUGGGCUUCGCAGAUUUUUGGCUUGCUGAUCAGCUUAAUUCUCUUCACACAGUAUUUCUAGAUUUUCAAUAUUUCGUUUGUUUCUAUAUUCAGAACUCUUCUUGGACCGAUGUUACGGAUACAGAAACCUGCAUAAUGCGUGAACUAUCGAUGAGACCGUUUGUAGUAUGUUUACCGGCGUGGUUUCGAUUUGCACAGUGCCUCAGGCGUUAUCGCGACACGAAAGAGACCUUUCCACAUCUCUUGAACGCAGUCAAGUAUGCAACAAGUUUCUUUGUGGUCAUCUUCUCCUAUUUGCACUUAAUAAAUAAGAAGCAUUACACAUUGUCUACUGAGAAUCCCUACUUUUACUUAUGGCUGACGGUCAGCGUGGUGAGUUCCUGUUUUACAUACACGUGGGAUGUAAAAUUGGAUUGGGGUCUUUUCGAUAGCAGUGCUGGAGAAAAUAAGUUUCUCAGAGAAGAAAUAGUUUAUUCGUCACCGUAUUAUUAUUAUUUUGCAAUAGUUGAAGAUUUUAUCUUGCGAUUUGGAUGGGCAUUUUCCUUGUCUCUAACGGAAAUGGGAUACAUUCACGCGGAUCUAAUGGUUUCCAUAGUCGCUCCGUUAGAAGUCUUCAGACGUUUCGUGUGGAACUUUUUCCGUUUGGAGAACGAGCAUUUGAACAAUUGCGGGAAGUUUAGGGCAGUGCGGGACAUCUCGGUUGCACCCGUCGAUUGUUCAGAUCAGACGCAGAUAUUGCGAAUGAUGGACGCCUCCGACGGCGUGACAAAUCGCAGACGAAAACAAAAUAUGGACGAGAAGCGCAAGCCGAUCCGGCUGCUCGUGACACGCGAGUCUCUGUUGGACGACAAUUAAAGCGGUACAAUCAUCGAUUUGGCAUAGUUAAGUGUAUAUAGCUAAAUUUAUUUUUUGUAACUUUAACUACUUGUAACUUUAACUAAUCGCCUUCACAAUUAUGAUGGAUAAAUUGAAAGUACUGAGGAUAAAAGUAUAAUAAUUUUGACAUACUUUGGAUGCAAGGUAUGUCAAAAUCAUCAUUUAUGUAACAUAUUAAUUAUAUAUGUUAAUUCAUCGAUGUGAUUAAAGAUUACGACUGUUUAUAAGUAAAUAACACGAAUUGGUAAUAAUUAUUAUCAAAACGAUAAUAAUUAUUAUCAAAAGCGAAAUCAAAGGAACUUGAAGGAAUCAAAACGACGAGAUUGUAUCAAAUGUUAAGAACUGAUGUACCUUUACUUCGAUUACUAUCUGUAUCUCCAUUAAAUAAAUAAUUGUUGCGAAAUAAAA